UUCUUGUUAGCAUCAGUUAUUAAUCAUCUUGAUACUUUAGAUACGAUCUUCAAAUUCCUAUCAUAAUAAAUCAGGCGAUAUCGGGAUUAUUAAAAAAAAAACUAGAGGUUAAACAAUGGAAGAAAGGAGUUGGUAUAAUACAAGAGAAGAGUUAGAAGUGAAGUCUCCAUCGAGAGUAGACGGUAUCGACUCAAAGCAAGAGAGCUUCCAACGUUGGUCUUACUCUACUUUCCUCCAAGAGCUUGGCCAGAGACUCAACAACCCUCAGAGAUCCAUAGCUACAUCUAUAAUCUUAUGUCAAAGAUUCUUCACUCGCCAAUCUCUGGCGAAGAACGACCCCAAAACAAUCAGCAUGAUAUGUAUGUUCAUCGCUGGAAAAGUCGAAGGGUCUCCUAGAGCGGUGGACGAUGUCAUCGCCAAGGGUUACAGGGUUUUACAUGGCAAGGAACCGACGACAGAGGUGCGCGAGAGAUUGAAGGGGGUUGUGCUAACCGGUGAGAAGUUUGUGCUCUCUACGUUAAAGUUUGAUCUCGAAAUCGAACAACCUUAUGGGCCGGCUCUUGAUUGGGUUAGGAAGUCGGUUAAGGUCGAGAUGGAUGCUAAGAGAUUGUCUCAGGUUGCGUGGAAUUUCCUCAAUGACGGUUUGAGGUCGUCGCUUUGUUUGCAGUUCAGGCCGAGUCAGAUAGCUGCGGCUGCUAUAUAUCUCGGAUCGCGCAUUACUAAUGUGAAGUUACCAUGUGAUGGGGAGAAAGACUGGUGGCUUGAGUUCCAUGUAACUAAACGUCAAUUGUCAGAAAUUUGUAAGCAGACGCUCGAAAUUUACCAACAAGACUUCCUGAUCGUUCAGGUUAAACAUGAAGCAAAAUCUAUAGGUCUAACUGUUCACCACGAAAAUAGUUAA